CUAUUGUAUAACCCUCGCGCGACAGGGCCCAAUGCGCAUGUCCAAAUAACCUCAUAUAAUCCACGCCUUAAUUCAUCCACAUAAAUUGUAACAUUGUGCUUUUUACUGGUACAAUUGCAUUCGUGAAUAAACACGAGAAAGCCUUACAUUGAAAUGUAUUUGUCUGAGUGCGAGGGGUCGUUGCAACGCUGACUGAGGUGCACAGUCAGGCUCAUGGCAAUUAGUAAAAACUAUGUGAUCGCAGUGUGUUAAAAUAUUGAGUGAGUGAAAGAUAAAAUGGUAAAUGACGCACAAGUACAGUCGCCGCCAAAUUUGGAUGUGCGUGGCGACGAACGCACAAACCAAAAGUGUGAUGUAAAUAGGAGUGUUAAAAUAUUGGAAUAUAAGGGACUGCUGUGGACAUGUGGUUUGAGGGAAAUUUGUUUAACUGCACUCUGGCUUCCAUUAGGUGCUUUAAUAUUUUGUUAUGUGACAGCGUCUAUAUUUCAAGCAGAUGACAUACAUGAAACACAUUGUAGGGUCUACAAUGUAGUGCCAUCAAUAAGUGCGAUUACCGGGAUAAGUCCUCAGAGGUAUAUUUGGAGGAUAUGCAUCGCUUUCCACUUAGGACCAAGAUUGUUGAUAGGUUCUUUAUAUUACAACUAUCAUCAAGAGCGCACCUCUUAUAUUACCGAGGAAAAGGCUCGGACUGCCGCGACUAAAUUAGGGCACGCGUGCUAUUGGCUUAAUUUCAUAGAGCUGUUUGCAUUAACAGGCGUUACUUAUAUCUCCAAUAGGGAAAACUAUUUCGUUCACGAGAAGAUAUUCAUAGUGUUCAUGGUAGCGGCUUUACUGCACAUGCUGUGUCGGGCGCGCGUCGGUUGCAUCGCGAGCGACGUGGUCGAGCCUGUGAGGACCAACAAACUUGUAUGGACUCUGUUCUACGUCGCCAUCGCUGCGACCGUGGGACUGAUUAUAUUCUUCUUGCGACACCGACUGCUGUGUCGGCCGUUAGCAUUCACAUGGUUCUCUGUGUGCGAAUACAUCUUGGCGACGGCGAACAUGGCAUUCCACGCGAUUGUGGUCCGCGACCUCCCCCUACACGAACUACAAGUGGUGUGUCCUACUCACAGUAAGCCGAACUGAACGUGUACAUACAUAAUUUGAUUGUGAAUGGAAUCGGUCAGCGACAUGUAACGGAUUAUGGAUAUUUGAAUAGAAGACUAGCAUGUUUGCAUUGAAGGGCGCCUAUUAUGUCGCAUGUCGCACUUAGGAGCAAAUACUUAAUUUGGGUCAGUUGCAGAACCUUCACCAUUGAAUUAUAGUCUUGGAUUAUAAAAAGGUGGAAGGAUAGACCCGAUUUCAUUGCCCCUGAGUGUAGACAACCCUUCUUCAUCAAACGCGUUUGAUGUAAAAUAUUGUUCAUUCGCUUGAAAAUCUGAGAUGUUCAUCAACAUCAAAGACCAACGCGUGAUUUGAUUGAACAAGUCGCGUGAGUGUUCGUUAGUUGUUUUUACACUGGCGUGUUUAUUUGCUAAUGAUGGAGUAGUUACUCACUGUCCACAGUUGAAAAGAUUUAUUAGCGAAUGACGAGUAUUUUGAAAGUUUAGCUACUGGCUUAUGGAUUGCGAUUGUAUUUGAUUGGACCCUGCUGUUAAUAAGUAGCCUUAUGCUUAUGUAAAAAGGUUGGUAAAGUUUGUAAAUGUGGAUGAUACCAACGAUAUACAUAUUAUGUAGAUACAGCAUUAUAAUGUAUGACAAAAGUAAAAUAAGCAGAAUGAUUAAGAUAUGCAGAAUUCUAAAUUUUAUAAAGCCACUCGCUCAGUUUUGGAACGAGUUCCCAUUGUAUUUAAGCAAGUUUUGUACCACCCCCCAUUUGUCUAGUGAUAGCAAGCGCUAAU